GUGGGAGAAGACGCCAUGACCCCCAUCCUCACAGUCCUGAUCUGUCUCGGGCUGAGUCUGGGCCGCAGGACCCACGUGCAGGCAGGGACCCUCCCCAAGCCCACACUCUGGGCUGAGCCAGGCUCUGUGAUCACACAGGGGAGUCCCCUGACCCUCAGGUGUCAGGGGAGCCAGGAGACCCAGGCAUACCAUCUAUAUACAGAGAAAAAAUCAGCAUCCUGGAUUAACCAGAUACGACCAGAGCUAGUGAAGAAGGGCCAGUUCCCCAUCCCAUCCAUCACCUGGGAAUACGCAGGGCGGUAUCGCUGUCAGUAUUACAGUCAUCGGUGGUGGUCAGAGCUCAGUGACCCCCUGGAGCUGGUGGUGACGGGAUUCUACAUCAAACCCACCCUCUCAGCCCAGCCCAGCCCUGUGGUGACCUCAGGAGGGAAUGUGACCCUCCAGUGUGUCUCACAGGUGGCAUUUGAUGGCUUCAUUCUGUGUAAGGAAGGAGAAGAUGGACACCCACAAUGCCUGAACUCCCAGCCCCGUACCCGUGGGUGGUCCUGGGCCGUCUUCUCCGUGGGCCCCGUGAGCCCGAGUCGCAGGUGGUCGUACAGGUGCUAUGCUUAUGACUCCAGCUCUCCCUCUGUGUGGUCUUCACCCAGUGAUCUCCUGGAGCUCCUGGUCCCAGGUGUUUCUAAGAAGCCAUCACUCUCAGUGCAGCCGGGCCCUGUCAUGGCCCCUGGGGAGGAGCUGACCCUCCAGUGUGGCUCUGAUGUCGGCUACGACAGAUUUGUUCUGUACAAGGAGGGAGAACGUAACUUCCUCCAGCGCCCUGGCCGGCAGCCCCAGGCUGGGCUCUCCCAGGCCAACUUCACCCUGGGCCCUGUGAGCCGCUCUUAUGGGGGCCAGUACAGAUGCUCCGGUGCACACAGCCUCUCCUCCGAGUGGUCGGCCCCCAGUGACCCCCUGGACAUCCUGAUCGCAGGACACAUCCGUGCCAGACCCUCCCUCUCAGUGCAGCCGGGCCCCAUGGUGGCCUCAGGAGAGAAUGUGACCCUGCUGUGUCAGUCACAGGGAUGGAUGGACACUUUCCUUCUGACCAAGGAGGGGGCAGCGCAUCACCCGCUGCGUCUGAGAUCAGAGCACCGAGCUCAGCAGCACCAGGCUGAAUUCCUCAUGAGUCCUGUGACCUCAGCCCACGCGGGGACCUACAGGUGCUAUGGCUCACUCAACUCCAACCCCUACCUGCUGACUCACCCCAGUGACCCCCUGGAGCUCGUGGUCUCAGGACCCUCCAUGGUUCCCAGUCCCCCACCCACUGGUCCCAUCCCCACACCUGGCCCUGAGGACCAGCCCCACCCCACGGGGUCGGAUCCCCAGAGUGGUCUGGGAAGGCACCUGGGAGUUGUGACCGGCGUCUUGGUGGCCUUCGUCCUGCUGCUCCUCCUCCUCCUCCUCUUCCUCAUCCUCCGACAUCGACGUCACAGCAAACUCUGGACAUCGGCCCAGAGAAAAGCUGAUUUCCAGCAUCCUGCAGGGGCUGUGGAGCCAGAGCCCAAAGACAGAGGCCUGCAGAGGAGGGCCAGCCCAGCUGCCGACGCCCAGGAAGAAAACCUCUAUGCUGCCGUGAAGGACACACAGCCUGAGGACAGGGUGGAGAUGGACACUCAGCAGAGCCCACACGAUGAAGACCCCCAGGCAGUGACGUAUGCCCCGGUGAAACACUCCAGACCUAGGAGAGAAAUGGCCUCCCCUCCCUCCCCACUGUCCGGGGAAUUCCUGGACACAAAGGACACACAGGCAGAAGAGGACAGGCAGAUGGACACUGAGGCUGCUGCAUCUGAAGCCCCCCAGGAUGUGACCUAUGCCCAGCUGCACAGCUUGACCCUCAGACGGACGGCAACUGAGCUUCCUCCAUCCCAGGAAGGGGAACCUCCAGCUGAGCCCAGCAUCUACGCCACGCUGGCCAUCCACUAGCCCAGAGGGGACCCAGACCCCACACUCAGGAGAAGGAGACUCAGGACUGCUGAAGGCACGGGAACUGCCCCCAGUGGACACCAAUGAACCCCAGUCAGCCUGGACCCCUAAGAAAGACCACCGAGAGAUUCUGGGAACUUUGGGACUCAGUUGAUUCUGCAGUCUAAAUAACUAAUAUCCCUACAUUUUCUAAUUAAAGAAACAGGCUUCUCAACAAUCAAUGAGUUAACUGAGAAAACUAAAAUCAGAAGUAAGAAUGUACUUUAAACUGAAUCACAAUAUAAAUAUUACACAUCACACAAUGAAAUUGAAAAACUACAAACCAGAAAUGAAAAAAGUAGAAAAGAAAAAAAAAA